AUGGCCGAGCUACCGCUCAACAUCAAUGCGUGCCUAGGUUACUCCGGCAGCCCCCUGGUGUAUGGGGGAGACGGGAAGUAUCUCUCCAUCAACGGCAACAUAGUCAGCAGCUUUCACGUGGACCUGACGAGGGGCGAAGCCUCCCGGCAUUUCCCUUGCAAGGGGUUCGGGCCUGACAUGCUCAUUGCGCACCCCAGCUUCCACUUCUACGCGUACUCUGAGCGGGGGGAGCGAGCGGCAGUGCAUGUGUGCUCCAUGGAGGACGGGAAGGAGGCUGUGCACAUGCCCAACGUGGGAUCGAUCGGACUGGACUGCAUGUCCUUCUCGCAGGACGGCGAGUCCAUGGCUACCAUAUCGUCCAUCCCUGAUCACACGGUCUCAAUCUGGAACUGGGGCGAGGAUGGAGUGGACUUGCAGGUGACUGGGGUCUCCCCGCAAGAGUUCUCCUCCUGCCACUUCAACCCCAAGAACUCGGACCAGCUGGCGCUGCUGGGCAAUGGCCAGCUCUUCCUCUGCAACGUGGUCAACAGUGAGCAGGGGGCUCUAGAACUCGAGUUCCUCCGCUUCGACCCUCCCAACCCGGACGUGGAGUUUGCGGCCUUCACCUGGGAUGCUUCAGGAAGAUUGUUCAGCACGACUUCAGAGGGUAGCCUCUGGCAGCUGGACGUCUCCCUGUACACGUUGUCAGGCGAGCCAUGCUUCUUCACGGACAACCCUUGGUCCUCGUCCUCCCUGCUAUCCUUCGAUCGCUCCCUUGUCGUCUGCACCGGGGACGCGCGCGUUCUCUGGUUCGACGCUGACUCGCUGAGCAAGUUGUAUGAGGUGAGGAUACCUCUGUCCUCCAGCCACUCGCUGGUGUCUGCCUGCAUGUGCUCAGACUCGCAACGAGGAGACAUCGUCCUCUCCUCGUCUGACGGAAGCGUCUUCCUCCUUGAGAUGCUUUCUGACCUCCCGCAGACGUUUGAGAUGUCAGAGGCCGAGGUCAAGGACGCAGACGUUGUCUUCGGGGAGAUGCAGCGGGACAAGCUCCACUCGCUCAAGAGGAUCAUGCUCUCACACGUGGGCCGCGUCGUCGGCCUCUCAUUCUCCCCUCUCCUCAGCCACUCUCUUGUCAGCGCGGGAGAGGACGGGAAGCUUAUCUUCUGGGACUGCAGGAAGAAGUGUGCUUCUGCCGUGCAAGAUGUCGGGCGUCCUCUGUCCUGCGUCGAGCAUCAUCCUAGUUACUCUCUCCUCGCGAUCGGCGAUGAGGGGGGGAGCGUGCAGCUGCUGGACGUCUCGGCCUUCCCCAAGAUGAAGAGCAGGGCUGUCUUCAAGUUGUUUCACAGCAAGGUUGUGAGCCUUCGGUUCUCAGAUAAGGGAAAGAGCUUGGCGGUGAUGGCCGAAGGCUCUUCGCACGUUUACCUCCUCAAGGUUGAGGAGAGCUCAGCGGAGGUGCGAGGGUACGUCGAGACGGGCGCGGCAUCGUCGGCGAGAGGGAAUCUACUGUGGGUGAGGGAGGAGCAGCUGAUAGUAGCGGCCGAGCUCGACCACCUCCUGAGGAUCGAGAACUUCUCGGAGAGGAGCGAGGAGGAACUGCAGCUAGCCGCAGACUUGUCGACUAUCAGGACGGAGAUCGCUUGCGGUCAGGUCGCCCGGGUCGGGGGCAAGUUUGCGGCAUCGAGCUCGCGCAGCAAGAAGGUCCUCCUCUUCGAGCUGGAGGGUAGCUGGGGAUCAGCGGGGGCAGAGGAGGUCUCGUCCCUGCCUCCUGCCCAGCCCUCGCUCACCUUCGGAGCUCACGACAAGGUCGUGCUGCACAUAGCGGGAGGGGGGGACGCCGGCCUGUUGGCUUCGGGAGGAGAAGGAGGAAAGAUCGUGCUACGGUCAGGAGACGAUCUGCUGACGGUGCAUGCCCUGCGAGCCUUCAGCGCCUGGCAGGGAGGAUGCUCCUCUAUGUGCCUCUCAUCUCCUGCCGGCUUGCUGGCCUGCGCCAGCUGCAACGGGACGGUGCUGCUGCUAGCAAGCAGCUUGUUGCUAGAGGAGGACGCGUCGGGCCCUCCAACUCGGUUCACGAUGGGGAAGAAGCUGUACGAUCUGCUCGGAGAGGAGGUGGAGGCUGGGGAGGUAAGGACGUUUGAGGAGGUGCGGCUCUUGUCAAUCCAGGAGAUGAACAACGCGCUCAACGCGGUGAAGAAGAACGAGAUGCGAGACAGGAUCCGCCAAAUUAAGGCCCAGCUGGACUUCCUUCUGGAGAAGAACUCAGGAGCUCCAGAGCUGGAGAGGAUCGCGAGGGAGGAGAUCGUCAUCGAUGCCGAGCUGAGAAAGAGGAUCAUCGCGGACGGGGACGCGCGAGUGGAGGACACCAAGAGGAGCAUCUCGGAGGAGAACGUGAGCAAGGAAGAGGAGAGGAGGAGGAUCAAGGAAGUGGCCUGGGACAGCAUGGAGACUCACGGGAUGAAGAUCCAUGCCUUCACCACUGACGUCUCUGUGCCCAACUACCCGAUCCUCAAGGUGGAGGAGGAGAGAAAGAGGCGUAUCGAUCGCAUCCGGACCAUGCGGGAGAUCGAGCUGAAGACUCUCGCGCGUCAGCAGCAGGAGUUUGGCGCCUCUAAGAGCUUCGUGCAGUUCGAUAGCUACAGCUUGAGCUUCGAUCUCAAGAGCAGGGAAGGAGGAGACAAGACAGGAGAUAAGACAGGAGACAAGCCGUCCGACCCCGAGAGCCUCAAGAGCUCUGCCGUGCUUGACAACACUGACGAGUCAUGGAGGGCCCAGCAGGAUGACCCGCUGAUCUAUCACCGUCUCAACGUCACUACACGAGAGAGAAAGACAGCACAGAUCUACAUGCUCGAGAGUUUCAUCACAUCUGUCAAGACCAAGUUCAACGCGCUCUUCGAUGAAUUCCUCAAGAAGAAAUCCGCGACGCUGGGGAGGAUGGAGGAGAAGCAAACUCGCAUCCUGGAGAUCCUCAAGGAGCUUAAGCAACCUGACGCCAAGGAGGCGCUGGGCCUCCAUGACGAGGAGCAGCCGAACAAGCUGCUCGAGGUUUCCGACCGCGAGAUCUCAGCGCCCAAGUGGGUCUCUCCUGCUGAGCAGAAGGCGAAAGAGGAGGAAGCGAGGAAGCAGCGGGAGGCCUCGGCAGGAGAUGCUAAUGUGGAGAGAGCGCUGAACAUGAUGAUGGGAGGGACGCUAGCUGGGGUCAACGCGAUCAGCAAGCUGGAGCAAGUGAUGACGAAGCCUGCGAACCUCGAGGUUGGGGAGAACGAGGAGCUGACGGAGGAGCAGCAGCAGAAGCUCAAGGAGUGGGAAGCGCAGUACAAGGCCUUCCUUGCAGAGCAAGACGCGUACGCCAAGUCACUGGAGGGGGAGGCGAAGAAGCUCCGGUCGGAGAUAGUGGAGGAGAGCAAGAAGUUCGACGACCAGCUGCAGGAGCUGACGGAUGUGAAGAUGAGGACCGAGUACAAGCUGAUCGAGCUCGAGCUCUACAAGGUCAAGCUCAUCCAGGCCAUCGCGCAAGAGGAGGACGACAUUCUUGCCCGGCAGUCGCUCGUUCUGGGGCUCGAGGAGCUCAAGUACCGGCAUGAGCUGGCAGAGAAAGCUGUCGGGGAGUAUCUGGAGGAAGUGCAGACCUUCGAGCUCAGAGUUGAUGCGGUGCGGCAAGAGGGAGCCAACCUCGAGAAGGGCUUGAGAAAGGAGCUGCAGGAGCACGCGGCGGACAAGGAGACGAUCGAUCAGGCGAUGAAAGCGUUCAAGAAGCGAGGGAAGCUGGAUGAUAUCCUUCAGGGCUUCUCAGCUGACCUCAUCCAACGCCUCGACAACCUCGUGGCCGAGGCUCGAUCUCAGGAUGAGGUGGUGCAGGAGCACGUGACGCAGCUGGAGAAUAUGCAGAGUGAGCUGAAGCGGCUGGAAUGGGCAAAGACGCAGAUCGAGGAGAGCAUCGCGGCAGCGGAAGAGGAGAUGAAGAAGCUGCUGCAGCGGAUGGCGCAAGCGGAGUACGACCUGGACCUGACGGUGGGGAUGAAGCAGGGGCAGGUUGAGGUAGAGCAGUCGACGUUCAUAACCGACUACUCGGACGCGGAGCUGGUGGAGCGAUCGGUGAUGUCAAUGCUGAACGAGGCGAUCAAGUCAAGAGGAGGCGACAAGAUCGCCGUGCUCAACGAGAUCAAAGAGUUCCGCAAGGGCAUCCACCUGCUGCAGUGGGAUAACCAGCGCCUGGAGCUGCAGGAAGAGGACUGCUUGCAGAAGACCAAAGACCUCCAGCUGCUGCGAGUCACCAAGAGCCUUCAGCGAUUCAUCAAAGGGUCCUCGGGCGAGAGUCAGACCGCCAAGGAAACUUCCGGGCUGGAGAAGAUGAUUGCGUACCAAUCUCAGAUCCACCAGCAGAGGAUCGAGGAGCGCAGCAAGGCGGUAGAGGCGCUUGAUGCACAGCGUGGUACUACAGAGCAAGAAAACGCCGAGCUGGACGAGGACAUCUUUGCACUCGAGAGCUCCGUUGUGGAGCGACAGCGACUGUGCGAGCUACAGGGAUCGUCAGCUGUGGGCGGGGGGGCAGCGAAAGCCAAUCAGAAAUCAGCACUGAAGAUGAAUCUCAUGGUCACCCACCGAAGGCUUCUCGACCUCGCUAAGGCGCAAACACGAGAGAUUGAGCUGAUGAGGGAGGAGCUCGUCCGGCUUCGAGCUCGAACCUUCCCAUCGUUCGCGCAGCUCGCUGACAACGGACGGACCAUGACGGGAACCUUCGGAUAAAGUGAUGCAAGCUUUUGUUAUUACAUGAUCUGUGGAUACUC